UUCACUUCCUCUCUCUUCUUACUUACUCUUGUCUAAAUCUUUUUGUACUUUUCUCUUCUCUACAUUAUUUUUCUCAUUUUUCCACCCAAAAAAAAGUCAGCGCCGUCCUUUGUGCCAGUUGUUCUACAGUUGCAAGAGAAAUCCAGAGCUAGCUAGAUUGGGUGUUUGAUAGUUUCCAGGUUGAUUAAUUGGCUGCUGCGAAAUGACAGAGGACUGGGAUCUAUUUGCGGUGGUGAGAAGUUGCGCCUCCGCCGCUGCCAUCACAGCCUCCGGCAACACAGCUGAGAACAGUAACGAAGAGCCGUGGGCUUGCUUGGCUUCUUUGACUUUUGAGGAAGAAAAAGACCCCUUUUUCUUUCCGAAUCUCGUGCAGGCCAGCAACAAUAAUGGUUCUCUGCAAGAUUCUUAUAGGGCCUUUUUGCCGAACCCCAAUCCCACCACCACCAUCAAUAACCCUGACUCCACCGGUUCUUUUCCUGGUGAAUUUAGUGGCCGGCAUUUUCAACCACAAUCUCCCACCACCACCACCAUGGGAAUCAACACCCCCACCACAGAUCCUGUUUUUGUUUUGGGGCAAUCCAGAAACCAACAGCAGCCGCAAUACGUACAGGAACGCAAAACUCUGAGCCGGCAGCCAAAGGUGCAGCCGCCGGUGGUUCAACCGCCGGCCGGCACAAUCCUUCCCUUCCGGUCAGUGCAUUCUCAAGGACCAAAAUCAAGAAAGAGGAAAAAUCAUCAAAUAAAGAAAACUGUGUGCCAUGUGACAGCAGGUAAUCUGUCUUCAGAUCCAUGGGCAUGGCGCAAAUAUGGCCAGAAACCCAUCAAAGGUAGCUCGUGCCCAAGAAACUACUACAGGUGCAGUAGCUCGAAGGCGUGCGCGGCUAGGAAACAGGUGGAGCGAAGCAAUUUGGAUCCCAACAUAUUUAUCGUUACCUAUACCGGUGAGCACGCGCAUCCUAAGCCAACCCACCGGAGCUCACUGGCAGGCAGUACUCGGAACAAGCUCUCCACCGUUCAGAAAUCAAUCCUCGGGAAGAGCCCUGCAUCAGAAACCGCCACGGAUGCUACUUGUUCCUCUCCUCUCUCCGCCAUUAGCGUCUCCCCAAACGCCCCAUUAUCAGCUCCUGAAGAAGGCACCAGAGUAGUACAAGAUGCUGACGUUGAGAAUGGCGCCGGGGAGGGAAACGAUGAGGAGAUGUUGGACGGUGAAACUGAAGAGGAUGAUAUUUUGAUUUCGAACAUAAAGAUAGACGAAGAUCUCUUCAAGUAGCGACAGGAACUCACCGGUCGUUCCGGUGGUUGUAGUAAUAGCGGAAGUCCGCCUUAUGGUAACAACUUCUCUUGGGGUACCGGUUGCUCCGCCACCACCGGAGCCACCGUUGGAGAUGGCUGCUAGUUGCCUAUCCCCCCAAAAAAAAAGGGGAAAACUUUUUUUUUUUUUACAGAAAAAAAGAUAUUUUGUACGUACUAAAUUAUUUUGGAUUGU